AUGUCAAGCUCUCGUGAUCUUGUGCCAUUGACAGUCACAAUUAGUCCCAGCAGAAGUCAAUACCUUUACUUUCCUGCCGAAAAAGACGACAAGGGUAGAGUCGUGAGACGACUUAUAGUUUUCAGGGAGUCGAAGGUUGAAUAUGUAAACGCCGAUCAAAUUGAACCGGGGGUUGACGAGAGAGAAAAAUGCUAUAUCAAAGUCGGCACCAAAUCCAAGGAUUUAGUUUAUGAAUCGACAAAACACGAAAAAUAUCUUUCUGAAAAGCACCAUCCUAAGAGUAAAAUGAAUCACGUAAUGAAUGUCUGGGCGUCGAAAGGCUGGGUUUUUGAUGUUAAAGGCAAUCCUCUGCCAUCUUCUCUCCCAGCUUUAUCUGAACAGUCAAGCGUCAAAACGGGCACGCCACAAAACACUCAAGGAAAGAACAAUCUCUUCGGCAAUACUCUCCAAACUAUAGCAAAAGAAAAAACAGCCGAAUUGGAGGCGUCAAACAAAGCUAGAGAUGGUAAAAGCGUCUCUAGUAACCCUCAAGCUUCGUCUAAGCCGAAAAACGCCAAUAGAAAAAGAAAGGACAAAAAGGUGGGACCUUUUCUGGUGUCAGAUAGUGAGUCCGAUCCCGAUUUUUCAUCCGGUUUAGAAAGAAAACCUGUGAAUCCGAAGCCUGCAGCAGAUAGCAAACCAAAAAAGGUAGGGGGAGAAAAUGAGAGAGCAGUGCAUGAGAAACAGCCAAUCAGAAAUGAGGCAUUAAAUAAAACUAGGGAUAGUAAAAAAAUCUCCAGUCCUCUCUCAAUUUCAUCUAAACCAACAGACGCCAGGACCCCCAGGCGAGGACCUCCUAAGGUGUUAGAUAGUGAGUCCGAUUCCGAUUCUUUAUUCGUUUCAGAAAAAAAACCUGCGCAUCAGAAAUCUGCGGUAGAUGACAAGAGAAGAAAGGCAAUCAGGAACCCUUUAGCGAGGGAAUUGUUUCCGUCGGACGAAGAUGAUAAUUCCACAUCUUUAGAACCGCGCCACAAAUCAAAAACCGCAGGAGGCAAAACUAUAGAACCUACUAAGCCUGCCAAGAAGACGACAACGAAUACUGAUCUAACGGGCGACAAGUCCAACAGAAGAGAGGGACGUGAAAGAUCAAAGUUCGAGAGAGUUGGAGCGACUGGUGAAUCGAGUGGUGGAACCGCAAGGGCGCGUGAUGAUCGUAGUAAGAGCCCUGAAAGAGCCUCUAGAAAGCCUGAAGUCCAGCGUCAAAGGGGAGACAGUUCCCGUACUUCCUCUCGUACACCCGCAGGAGUGGCAGUAAAGAAAGAAAGCACGAGCACAGGUAAAAGUCGUUCAUCCAGAACGCGCACUGGCAACGAGCUUGCCUCAACCGCAGGCUUAUAUUACGAGUCUAAGGGUGCCUACACCCAGGGGAGAAAAACUUGGUCUACUGAAGAGAUUGACCCAAACAGACCACCAACAGAAAAGGAGCUACGAGAUAUGGAACUAGAGGAUGCGCGAAGGACGUGGAAAAAGAAGCAUGGAACAGAGCUUUAA